UAUACUGACUAAAUUAAUCGGACGUUUGGUGCUGUGUCGGAUUAAUCUGUACAUCAGAUAAUACGUCAGACUAUAAUAAUUUUCAAAAAAAUUUCACCAAAUAAUUGUUGUUAAAAUGAAUAAAAAGGAGAAAAUUAACCAAAGAAAAACAAAAAAAGAGGAAUUAAUCAUCAUAAAAAAUUAGAAAAAAAAAAAAAAAAAAGAAGGAAACCCAGCGUGGCUUCCUUUCUUCAUCUUCCCCACCAGCUGUGCAUCAAGAAAUGCGGCAAAGAUUGAGUACCUUUUGGAUCUCAGCAAAUUGGCGACAAAACCGAAAGAUUCUGGACUGGGCCGGUACAGUGCAGCCUCCAUGUUGUAAUUCACAGUCGCACUCGGAGCAAGGCUCGGCCGUUGAACACGCGAAACCAAGCUCAUCAAUGGCUGAUCUGCCACCGGUUCUUGAGCGGCGUCGAUGGCCAAGAAGGACAAAUUGAAAAGCUUGUCGAUUGCGUAAACGAUCACCGACCCAUCAUCUAGAACGGCGUUAGGAUUAAUACCCAGAUCGUUGAUCGACAAAUAGCCUUGGAAAUUUGGGGAGGCAGUGACAGUGAGGGAGUAAUUGGGGAGCAAAGUCGGGAUCUUUGUAUUGGGGCGGAGGUACUUGAAGGUUGUUCACGGAGAUUCUUCUCGGGGAGAUGUUGUAGAAGAUGAGUGGGGGACAGGGCUGGCCCAAGAGCAUGAAGGUGGUGUCUGGCGGAGCGAAGAUGGUGGCAGUAGGGGAUUUGAAUUCGAUGGAGUCGGACACAAGUUGGAGGGUGAGGGACAUGGAGAGGAAGCUGGAGUUCGAAAGCCCACUCUGAGAAGUCGUUAAGGGUGACUUCGUGAAGAUGGAAAGGACCCGACUAACCCCAGUUUAGAGUUGAGAUGAUUUUAAAAAAACUGGUAUGAAAAUAGCUGGAAGGGCUUUUUAAUGUUUAGCAAACAACUCAAAACAGCUUUAUUUCAAAAUUUCAGAUAAAAAAAACCAAAAAGCGGAUGCAGCUUCAAGAAGCGGCUUAUCAUACAAACGGAGCUACUGUACUUUGUUAAUGAAUUUUUCUAAUUUGCCAAUACUGCCCCCUCCUUUCUCCUUUCUCCUGAUUCCUCAAAACACUCCUCACGCCCUCUUCUCUCUCGCAAAACACUCCGCACGCCCCUCUUCCCUCCUACCGUUUCACCUCUUCCUCCUCAUUUUCCUCUCUCUCAGUCGGUCUCAGCGCCACACCACCAUUGCCUUCUAGGUACCAGGUACUCGAUUUGCUUGAAUAUAUUUGCUGUAAUUAAUUUAGUCGGAUCAAAUCGAAGAAUGGCGCUGCAACUCUACUGCUGCAACUGCGUCCGAGAAGACGACAACGACGGUGACGAUGGAGAAGGGAAAGGGAGUGAUGGGAGAAGGUCGGAGAUUGGCCGUUGACUUGACUGACAACUCAACUUCCCCUUCUACCCGCAACUUCCCUGACCCUCCUGGCUUCUCUCGUGCCUCCCUCGAACAGGAUGAUUCGACUGUGAGUCGCCAGAAGAAGGAUGCUGAAUCUACUUGGAAAGCUCAUAAAGCAUGGGAAGUUGCACAGGCCCCAUUCAAGAAUUUGAUGAUGAUGGGUUUCAUGAUGUGGAUGGGUAGGAGUACAGUGCAUUUGUUUAGCAUUGGAAUCACAUUUUCCGCUCUUUGGUAGCCCAUAAGCGCCUUACAGGGUGUAGGGAAGGGUAAGAUGACUGUAACACUGUUAGACUGUUAGUCCAUCUAUAACUCUCUGAAUGUGUGGAAUAACAAUUGAAAGCAAUAAAUGACUUCGAAAUCUUAUUCUAUAGUUGCUUGUCUGUAUCGCCUUAUCAUCAUAUGAAUGGUUUCCUAUAACCAGCAGUCAUGGCAUUUUGUUGUAGCCACCUUGUCAUUGCGGAAUAAUUCUGUUUUAAUGGGAGGGUUUUGAUUCUUCAUUAUUGUUAUUCUGCCUUUACCUGCUUAUGUUUUGAUGAAAUAAAGGUUGAUCAUGGCUUGCUGUCAUAGCUCUCUCAGUAUGACAACAAGAUUACUAAUUAUUCACCUGUGCAGGAAUGUGAGUGACAUUACCUUCUCAAACAUAAAUAUGAGCACAAGAUACUAUGAUCAAUCCUGGUGGGGAAGAGCGGAGCCAAUCUACGUGACCACAUGUCCUCGACACUCAAAGUCAAAGGAGGGUUCAAUCUCUAACCUACUCUUCCGUUAAUAUCACCUCAACUUCCGAGAAUGGAGUAUUUUUAUCAGGUUCUAAAGGCGGGCUUCUCAGUGAUUUACAAUUCAUUAACUUGGAUCUGACUUACAGAAGAUGGACCAACAAUGCUGGUGGGUUGGUAAACUACAGACCGGGAUGCUAGGGACUUGUUAAACACAGCACGGCCGGGAUCAUCAUGGAACACAUCAAUGGCUUGGUGAUUGACAAUGUUAAUAUGAGAUGGUCCGAUGAUCUGUUAAGGCAAUGGAAUGAUCAUUUGGAUUUCAGGUCUGCUACUGUAAUUGACAUAUCUCUGCUUAAUUUCCACUCCAGCUUGUACAAACAAUGAAAGAGGUGGAUAGAGAGAGAGAUUAGGAAGACGUAUUGAAUAAUGUCAUUCUUUAGAUUGUAUGUCGCUGAUGGAUUUUGUUCAAAGUUUUUAUUAGAUUAAGGGCAUGAAAGUUUGUUCAA